AUGUCAGUUGUGCUACUGUUUUAUAGGAUUACAAGGGAUGUAAACCCGGGAUUAGCGAACUUUAGAAAUCUUGAAGAGCAGCAGUUUCUUUUGGGAGCAAUCGGUGGUUUAAGCGGUAGGCAAAUAUCUGAUACGUUAAUUACGAAUUACGAGGUUACACAAUGGAAAACACUUUAACUUGCCUUGCAAUUUUCUACUGCCUCAAAAACACCAAAUGUCCGUUAGUAAGAGUAUUAUUCUACAGCAUUUUCAUCAGAGAAAUUUUACUUUAGGCUUGCUUGAUUCACUAAGUAACUUCUCUUGAAACUUGGCUCGCAUGUCGAUAAACAUUUUAAUCAAUUAUAGGAAAAGGGAAUAAUUUUCGUACAACGUCUUAUAAAUUAUAAUUGUUGCCGUAUGGACAAGAACUAGUGGGAUAUAAUGUUGUUCAGUGCUCUCAUAUCUUGUGAGCUUGGGCUACUGGUAGUUUCGUCCAUAUUUGCGAGCAACUCUUUUUAAGGCAAGUUUCAAGCUAGUUGUCUUGGUCAGUGUAUCCAACUAUUGCUAACUGGGCAAACUGACAUCUCGCUGUUGAGGACUUUCAGUGCUAAACCAUUGGCGACUGUCUAGAUCUUAGACAUAGUUUACAGUGGUACUUGAGAUUUACAAGACCUUCUGCCUGAUUUAACAACAGGUGGUACAAUCAUGAUUCAUUCAGAUAGACGUGCUUCAGGUUCUAGAAUCAACGUCGUAAGAAGUGAAGUGGUAAGUGGAGUAACAGUUAUGCCGACAAGUUCUUCCUCGACGGUACGGUUGUACUUUAUUUUUCUGCCAUACUAAAUGGGUAAGCAACUACGAUGAAAAUUGUGGCAGUAAUGAUAGUUCCUCUUUCUUCCCCCCCCCCCCCGCCGCGGAUACAAUUGUAUCAAUAGAAACCUGUUCGUCCAGGCAUUCCUUUAACUCAGUUUCACAAAAUAAAAAGAGAAAGAAAUAGCUCCAGUAUAGUUUGGUGGCUGUUUCAUUUUAUAGCAAGUAUAGAGCAAAUGCGAAUAGAAAGAAGCAUGUAAGAUUUUGAAUAUGUUAAAUGUUAGCCAAGCGAUUCCUCUUGACGUCGCAAAUUAUGUAUGCCAUGCGGACUACCUACUCUGCCAUAAGACAAAAACAGUACUUUCAUAUUAAGACAUAAAUUUUGAAACAUCUGUUAUUUGGAAUCUGUCCCUUUUCAGGAGGCCCCUACUAGGCAGCAAGGAAGCUUUAGGUUUCCAGAUAAUUGCCCGGAUGCAGAUUGUGAUUUUCUUGUGACUUACCAAGCUUCUGGUGCUAACAGUGUGGUUUUCGAACUAAGAGGCAGAGGAAACUGGGUAGGAGUGGGAUUUAGUGAAGAUAAUCAGAUGGUAAGUAACCAGACUGUACAAUGGUGUGGUAGAAAAGUAAUUGCAUUCACACGCAAAUUUAGCUGUUAUUAAAAUGCUCUUCAAGAGAGGGUCUUAAUGGAGUGGAGGCUCCCGGCCAACUUUUAGUUAUUUAGCUUCUUUGCAGUUAAAGGCUAGGCUUAUUGACCAUCCUCUCCGCUACGAUGAGCAAAAAUCUAGAAAAAUUCGUUAGCUGUUUGAAAAGAUCAAAAUGAAUUUCCAUUGUUGCAAAGUGAUACACAAUUCCAAUGGCAUUUAGUGCUUAGGAAUUCUUUUUACGGUAAAAAUUUUUUCAACACUGACGGCUAGAGUCCACCUGGGCUCCCUGUAACGGUUAAGAUUUUCCAACCACUAAACUUUUGGCCUGUGUUUUCCUUACCUGAAUUUUAUCUCAUUGUCCACAGCCUGAUACCGACAUACUUAUUUGCGCCAGCGAUACCUCACUAAGUGGCCAUUAUUACGCAACAGGUAGAUCAACACCAGCCAGGACAGAUCCGGUAAGUCAAUCGCUGUUUUUCAUUGACGUCAGACUAUAUGGUCUCCUGAACGUUGCUAAACAUUAUCCCUUGCCUUUAAUUAGUUUUUAUCAUAUUUUUUUAGCAUUUGGUUUCCCCAAGGUAGUGCGGCCGCCUUCUUUGCUUCUCUUUGAUUCCAAAGCUCAUCACCAUUAUCGUUUUUAUCUAACCACAAGCACGUGCGAAAUUUUGAUUUUCAUGUUUUAGAGAUUUAACGCACUCAGUAGUAACAACUGCAUAUUUUUAUACAGUUUUAUCACUCAAGUAAACUAAAGCAAUCAAUGCCUCGUUUGACAGGACGUUUCGUUUUAAAAUGUUAAAAAAAGGUGAUUGAGAUACAUGAUAUAAACAAUCUCGUACCCAGGGCUUUUCCCUUAAAAAAUGGGUGGGGCGGGAAAAGGCCCUGGCAUCGGCUGGUCACGUGUCCCCUCGUACACCCUAAAGUCCUUGAUGUAAUAAAUUAGCGCUAUGUGAAAAGCUGAAUUUAUGCGUAACCUCACAGAGCGCGAUCUUGGGCGGUCUUUUAUAUCUCUUGACGAGUAACGAAAAGUUUUACAAGAUUUCUUUUUUGUCACAGAUACUGGCUAUGGUAAUUUUUUGCUCUCCUCCGAUUUCUAUGAAGGAGACAGCGAGCGGUAACAUUUGUAAAACUUCCUUUAUAGAGCGAUAUAAAUGACAAACAAGCUAUCGUACAUGCAUAAAGUUUGUACUGGCAUGGAAAAGUCCGUUUUCGCGACUCUUUUGAUAUUUUAUUUAUUUCUUGCGAAGUGGACCGCCGUACAUAACCUAGUAGUUUACCUUGACUCUCAGCCAUAUCAUAGCGACACGCGUUGGUUUAGAGUUAUCUAGUAGGACCUGUAUUUUAAAAAAUUCAUUGACCUCUGCGAGACUUGACCGAAACCGGAAACCACGAAUGAAAAGUUUCUGGCACCCAGGGUAUCAAAUGACUGGUAAAAAAGAAAGACUUGGGUCCAUUUAAAAUUGACAGAGCUGUUGUUGAUUCCAAUCGAUCGGUCAAUCUUCCCUUUGAUAAAAGGAAAAUCCUUUGUACUUAUCCUCGGAAGAGAAAAGAUAUAAGAGAUCUUAAAAUGUUUCAGAUCAGCGACCUAUCAUCGUUCCUGGCUGGAGGGCUGACUUGCAUCCGACGCGGAGAUUUGUUUGUUUCAUGGUUGGGUUGUAGAGAAGACCAGACUCCAUAAAGCAUUUUGAUGAACAAUUCUAUUUCAAUUAAGUUCAAUUUGCUUAAAUUCACUGCAGAUCCUAGAGGCCAACGCCCGCAUUUUUGUUUGACAUUGGACAAAAUCACUUUCUGCUUGAUCGUACAGUAAUUCCACAGUCACGAUGAAUUUCAGUAGAAGUACUACGUACUCGAUAACAGCUUGUCUCAACUCUGAAGCAUUUGACAUAUUUUGUACGUAACAACGUAGAGCCGGUACGCCCUUUCAUAAACUUGUAGCAUUUGAAUAAUAAGCAGUUAAAAAGAUCUUAAGCUUUUGAAUCGCACAGACGCGAAAAUAUUAACAUACAGUUGGCGAUAUUAUUAUUUUCCACUGUUGCUCCGUUCGACUUCUGUCAGCGCAAAAUCAGCGGGUUUCAUAUAAAUUAGUUUCUCAGGAAUAAUUAGGCUCUGCACGUGACCAGCCGAUGCCAGGGCCUUUUCCCGCCCACGAGGUUGGAGGUUGUGAUAUAAAGAAAAAAUGAAGUCAAUCAAGCAAUUUAACGAGGUACCGCGUUGAAUCAUCAGAUCAUCUCACACUUGCCAAACUUUUUAUUAUUUUUUAAUUUUUUAUAGACUCCACUCGCUGUAGAAAUCGCUGAACAAUCAUUUAAUGGUGGCGUGGUGUCUUGCAGGUAACAUCAUCACUAUCGUCAUUAUUAUCCUAGACCUCAUCAUCAAUGAAAUCAUCAUUAUAAAUUGUUGUCAUGAUUAUCGUAUUCUCAAAACUAUUGUACCAUAUGAUGCAAUUAUGCAAAUCAGUGAAGGCUAUUCUUGGGUUGCACGUGACGCCACCAAAAAUCAAACUAAGAAACUAUCGAUUCUUCUGAGUUUCUACUUUCACGAGGUAUUACAGCACCUAAACAUCUUUACAUAAACAAGUUUUUGGUUCGAAAGGGUUCUUCGUUUUGCGAGAGAGGACACUUGAAUUUCCAGGCUUUUGCGUCACGCGCCAUUUAGCUGGCGGCCGGGAAAGCUCUUAUGUGGGUUAAAAACUUUACCGAUUUUGGGAGAUUUUGCAAUCUAAACAUUCCUUGUCUCAGAAUAAAUAUUACUGUAAUCUUUAUGAGUUCCUCAAGCGAAGAGUUCACGCAUUAGUAGGAAAACUCGAAAACAGAUGUUUCUGUUGGUAUCCGGCGGCCAUAUUGGUGUUCCUGAAAGGGACACCAACAUGGCGUUUCCAUACUUUUUUGUAUAUUUAUCUUUUUUCAUUUCCCAGAUUCUAGUCCUUCUGUAUUGAAUGGUUUGCAUUUUUAUUUUUCAUUGCGUGACAGUGCAAGCCGAGAAUAGAGGACUGUUAGAUUAAGGGAUUAUUAAUUAUAUGCAAAAUUCACUUGACAUUUUAACAGAAUUUGAACAUGUAAUUUAUUUAGUACUUGUUUUUAAAACUCCUGUCAUUUUGCUGCGAUUAACGUAUUUCCUUAUUCUUUUACUAUUCCAUAAACGGACGGCAAGAAACCCUAACCGGCCCUAGGCCAAACGUCGAACUUUUGAUGAGACGAACCAAACUCUAAUUUGGGUCGACCUAAAUUAAGUUAAGAUCGUCUGUUGGGUCAGACGUCGAACUUAGGACGCGUCGAACAAAUAAACUGAAACAGACCAAAAAGCAAUCUAAUAAAUUUUCUUUUGUCCCGGCGACGAUCUUUACACGUUCUAUCGGUCUGAUUCAAGCAGAAGAAUGUUGAACGAUCCAAACCCAUUUAGACGAACUUAACCGAGCCAAACGUCGAAUUUUCAGUCAUGAACUUAACUCUGUAAGUUUGGUUCCUCUCAUAAAAAGUUCGACGUUUGGCCUAGGCCUUGCAUUGGGGUGAAAAACAACGAAAAAUUGUAGCCUCUCCCUGCCCCCUCACAGUGUCCGCCUCAUCAUUUUUCUUCGUAUUUAUUUACUGAAAAUAUCCUGCAAAACGCUGGAAAUGGCAUUUUUGAAACCAUUGCUUUAAAUAUUUUCGGGGGGAGUACUUGCCGCCAGCCCCCUAGUUUGGAGCGUCUCGGGCUCUCUAACUUUCUUCCCGUAGGUACACAAAAUCUCACGUUUCGACUCUGCUUUGCAGUUGGGUUUCGAUAAGUUUUUGUUUGGAUAACAGGGGAUUAUCCGUGACGAUCUAGAUCAGUGGUGAUUUUUUAUCGCAAUGGAGUUACGAUAUUACUGGUAAUACGACCAUUUACGACAUCUCAAACAGAAAAACAUACGCCUCGUUCACUGUUUUGCUUAAGCCUACUCAAGCCAAAGGUGGGCUACGAGGUCAUCUAAGAGGGAAUUCUUUGACUAUCUACUCAUCUAAUCAAACUAUUUUAAAUUUUACUCGCACAGAUACGUAAGUCAAUCCUACAAACAUUCCCCAAAAUGUAGCCUAGUGAUGUUGCAGUUGUAGUGAUGUUGCAGUUGUUCCAUUAUAGAAUUACAAGGGAAGUAAACCCUGCGGGAUUAGUGAAUUUUAGAAAUCUGGAAGAGCAGCAGUUUCUUUUGGGAGCAAUCGGGGGUUUAAGCGGUAAGCACAUAUCUGAUACGUUAAUUAGCAAAUUUAAAGUUCCAAAUUACGAGGUUAAACAAUGGAAUACAUUUUAACUUGUCUUGCAAUUUCUGCUGCCCAAAAGACGCCAAAUGUCCCGUUGUAACAGCAUUAUUCUGGAGCGCAGCAUUUUUAUUAGGGAGAAAUUUCACUUAAGGCUUGCUUCAUUCACUGAGUAACUUCUCUUGGAACUUGCCUCGCAUGUCGCAAAAAAAUUUUGAUCAAUUAUAGGACAAAAGGAAUAAUGCUCGUACAACGACUUAUAAAUUAUAAUUGUUGCCCUAUGGAUAAGAUAUAAUUGAACAGGAUAUAAUGUUGUUCAGGGCUCUCAUAUCUUGUAAGCUUGGGCUACUUGGUUUCAAGCUAUUUGUCUUGGUCAAUGUAACCAAUUAUUGGGCACACUGACAUCUUGCUGUUGAGGACUUUCAGUGCUAAACCCCUUUUUGGUUGUCUUAGACAUAGUUUACCGUGGUACUUCAGAUUUAAAAGAGCUUCUGUCUGUUUAACAACAGGUGCCACAAUCGGGAUUCAUAGCGCUAGACGUGCGUCGGCUUCUAAAAUAGAUGUAAGGUCAGGUGCAGAUGCUGAUGAAAAUGACGCUAUAGAGGCAAGGGUCCUUGCUCACGGUAUGCUAAUGACCAUGGUUGACUGA